UUUUUACAUCCUUACUGAAAGUUUGUCACAAACAAAUUGAUUUUUCUCCUAAAAUAACAAUAGCGUCUGAGGACUGGCUUACUUCCUACACGUCGUACACAACAGUAGAAGCGUUUUAAGAGACAAGAAUAAUAACGAAGAUGACAACAUCUCAGGUUGACCAGAAACGUGCUCUAAUCAAACUAAAGCACGACCUAGAACCAUUUCGCAAUGCCAUUGUGGGUGCCCAUGGCGUUCUCACCUGGGAGAAGCAAUACUAUGCCGGCGUCGUCUUUGGUGCCAUCAGCGUGAUGUAUCUGUUGCUGUGGUACAUGGACUUAUCCUUUAUAACACUCUUCUCAUUGCUGGCCCUGUUGGCGUUCUUCAUGGAUUUUGUGAUUCCGACGCUCUCACGCUUUCUCUCCAGCGGUGGCAAAUGGGAUGGCGAACAGGAGGCCAAAUUUGAGGAGGUGUGCGGUCAGCUAUAUGGCAUUAAAUCUGCUAUUGCCGUCUGGUAUGACUAUCUGUUCAAGGAGCGCAAGCCAACAAUGGUUGUGAUUGUAAUAAGCCUUGGACUGUUGGCUCUAGCCUGGAUUGGGGCCAUCAUCAACAACCUAUUGCUUAUGUAUUGCGCCACUGUAUUGGUGGCAAUGUGGCCGGGCUUGAAUGAAAAGAAUGUGUUCAAGUCCAUCACCCAGAAUGCUUCCAAAAUAAUCAAAGAGAAGAUUCAAUAUGGCAAAAAGAAGCUCCAGUAGAUUGCAAUUUAUUUAAAUAUAUAUUAUGGAUUAUGAAAUGGAACUUGUCGUGCACAAAUCCACACACUAUCACUUACUCAUAUACUCAUAGCUCACCAGAUUUGACCAAAAAAAACAGGAACAUAAUAUAAAUACUAAGUCAUUUACUUGCCAUCUCACACACCUACACACACUCACACACAUUACAUUAAUCAAGCAAGUUAGUAUAUAUAUCAUAAUGCUAAGAAUACUAUGCGCAUAUUGAAAUAAUAUCAUUCACAUGACUAGCUAAAAACCUUGACUUAAACAUAAGCCAACAGGGAAUCCUAUACACCACCGCAUUUCUAACUUUAAGUUUGUAUAGGGGCCCCGCAAAAGAUUCUCAAAGAAAGACAUUUUUGUGAUUAUUUGUGAGUUACUUGGAAAUUUAAUGAUAAUCCUGCAUAAGAAUACAAGCUUAGGCGUCUAUUUAUGUUUCAAUAAAGUUUUGAUGUGAUUUCA